AUGAAGCUUAGGCUAUCGUGAUUCUAUGGCCUCAAGGUUGCGCGAACCUACCUACAACUGAGGCCGGACACCCGUCUUGCAAUCUUCGAAAGAGACUGCUCUGUGGGAGGUACAUGGAGUCGGGACCGCAUUUAUCCCAAUCUUGUGGCUCAGGUCGAGUAUGGCUACUUCAAUUACCCCGACACUCCAAUGCCUAAAGAUGGGGCCACAGACAACAACUUGGUCUCGGGGGAAAUGAUCUUCAAAUAUCUGGAUAAAUAUGCAAAUGAUAAUGAUCUCAAGAGACGCAUCCGCUUUGAAAGUUGGGUCUCGAACAUCGAACGUUGUGCUCAAGGUUGGAAAUUGACAGUCAACGGUAAUACUGUUCUAUCUAGAAAACUCAUAAUUGCGACCGGGGUUACCUCGAUUAAGAACUCGCCAUCAUUCGAGGUCAGAAGCGACUCGAUCCCCGUGAUUCAUAGCCUUGAUAUUGCGUCGAAUGUGACCAAAUUCUCGAAUGAUCAGGCCCAUCACUUUGUGGUGGUGGGUGCGGCCAAAUCAGCGUAUGAUGUGGUGUACCACCUUUGCACCCUUGGCAAAAAGGUGACCUGGAUCAUUCGACCGGAAGGUUCCGGACCGAUGCCGAUUAUGCCCCCCGACGUGCUUGGAAUGAAUACCAUCACCCUCGGCUCCAAUCGGAUGACGAACUAUUUUAGCCCCUCGCUGAUGACUACGAACUCGACGCUCGGUGCUUUCUUUCAUCGAACGAUGUUGGGCCGCGGCUUGACCAAAUUGUUCUGGAACUUCAUCACGGGCCAAGCAGAAAAGGCAGCAGGGUUUGGAAAAGAUGGCGGCUGGAUCGAAGGGCUACGGCCUGAUGUACGCGACGCAAGUUCAAUUGGCUUAAUCACUAUGAGUGACUUUUGGAGCACCCUCAAGAAGGGCGACAUUACCAUCCUGCGUGAUAAUGUCGACUAUGUGGAUGCAGCAGGGGCAACUCUGCGGUCUGACAAGACGGUCGCUGCCCAGUAUAUGAUCUACUGCACCGGAUGGGGCGAUCAUUUCAGUUUCUUCUCUCCAGAGGUGAAAGAAGAGCUUGGAAUACCACAAUCUGGGGCUACAAUGUCUCAGGGAUAUUCUGCCAAGUCAGAUUCAAACUGGCAGGCCCGCGACCAGUUAGCGGACGCAGUGGUCGCCAGAAAGUUACCACUUUUGGCAGCUGGACCGAAGGAUUUCAAAAAGCCAGAUCCCAACCGUGUCUGGACACAACGCCGUUGGCGACUUUACAACAGAUGUGUUCCUAUUUCUACGGCAAAAGACGAUGAUCGGUCGCUUGUCAUCCUUGGCCAGAUACAUACUACCCAGACCCCUACGAUCGCGGCCAUUCAAUCCCUCUGGGCCGUUGCGUAUCUGCUGGGGGAGGUAGAUACCCCCAGCGAGGAGGCUAUGGCCCAGGAGGUGGCCGAGUGGAAUGCCUGGACCCGCAAGAGGUAUCUGGGCGUUGGUGAGAGGUACCCGUACGCGCUUUUUGACUGGAUUCCGUAUCUGGAUCGUCUUCUUCGCGACCUUGGAGUCAAUUCCCAGCGCAAGAAGGGCAUGUUUGCAAACUUCCUCGAGCCACAUGGCCCGCAUGAUUACACCAGUGUUGUUGAAGAGUAUAUGAUGGCGCAGAAAGAGAAAAAGGGAAAGUCAUCGAAGAGUUCGAUGACUUCGAGCGUAGUUAACGGACAGACAACUUCCUGA